AUGGCGUGGUUUAGGGAACCGGCGGUGCUGAGAGCACUGCCAGAAGUGUGCGUACGCUGCUCAGUCUCUCUGGGCGCUCGAAGAAUACCGAAGCAAGCUCUCGUACGAUCAUCGAAUGCUUCGAGGAAGCUGCAUACCAGUCGAACUGGGAGGAUCAGUCACGUAACGCCUUGCCUGGAUGUCACACCGUAUGGAAGGAGAUGGUCGUCGGGUGUAGCUCAUCAAGAGAACUUCACGCCCAGGAAUACAGCCAACUCUGGCUCGAACGCGGAGAAGCCGGUCAAGCCAGCCCUCACUGCCGAUAACCUCUUCCACUCAUUCACAGACUCGCCAAUCCCAGAAAUCCGGCGUCGCGCGGCAUUCAUGAGACAGCAUGCCUACUGCCCGCACCCCGAUCAUCGAUCUACCCGAGUGUCGGAGAGCACGUCGGCACCCGAGCAGACUGGAGUGGGGAAUCUUGCGCCAGCGCACGUCGACUUCGAGUGCCCGGACUGUGGCGUUCCAGUCUAUUGCAGCAAGGAGCACUGGAUGGCCGACUAUGAAGCCCAUCUGGAAAUAUGCGACACACUGAGGCAAAUCAACGAAGACGACCAUGACCUGAGGUCGGGAAGGUUCUUUCCCGAGUUCGAUUAUGCCGGCCCGCAGAUGGAGGAGGCUCUUGUCAAUAUGACAAACUGGGACACGCUGCUGUACACGCGGCAUUUCAAGGCCAUCAACGAUGACCGAAGCAUGAGACAAGCAACCCGACUCUUGACAUACCCCCUUACUAUCGCCAGUAUCCUCCACGACCUCAGUCCCUACCAUAUCCGGCCCGGCGGUCGACUUACCCCUGAGGGCCUCAAGAGUCUAAGCGCGCUCCGUUAUACGCUCCACCCCCCCAAGACGGGUGGUGGCAUUGAUAUCAAGGGUCUCCGGCUAGAAGCACCGCCGGUCAGGAUAUUCAUACUGGGCGCAAGAGCUGAAUCGUCUCUUCCCCGAGAUGUGUGGACUCAGUUGGCCCAUCUCUUCCCAAGCUCCCGGUUGCAUCUGGUCUUCAUUGGCCCGGAGAGCAUGGCGAAUCGAGACGACGAGUUCCCCUUACCGGCAAGGACCGCCUCCAACCCCUUCGGGGCAGUAGUCGAGGAUCGUGUAUGGCCCACGAUGAAGAUUAGUACCAUUGUGGAUUACUACCACACGAUCCACAAGACCGGGCACUUUUACCCCUACGAUCCGUACUUUGACUGCUUUGUCCUCUUCCACCCUGGUCUUGGCCACCCGGCGAGUUCUCACGAGUGGGAAGAGACCGUUCCCCUCCUAUUGGAAACGAAAGCACCUGUCAUUGUCACGGGCUACACCCAGUUCGACAUGGAGCGGGAUAUCGAAUGGGUCAAUAAGACGGCCGCAGGAGAGUUCGACAUCUUGAUGGAGCCGGGCGAGAAUAUCUUCCGGAGCCUCAGGUGGGACUUGAACGACCUAGACCCACAGGAUGUCAGUGCCGGAAACUGGGGAGUGUGGGCUUUCCGUGGAAAGAGAUACGAAACAACGCGCAAGGACUCGGAGUAG